AUGCAGAUGACAGUAUAAAAGGUGGAUGGCCACUGCAGCUCAUUGGGUAUCAGUUCAGCUCCAGGCCUAUCAAGUACCUCCUAGACCAAAGGACUCACCAUGAAGCGACUCAGCCAAGUCUUGUGUCUCUGCCUGACCCUCGCACUGGUAUUGGCUGAUAAGCCAGACCAUGCAGGGCCACCAGACCACGCCAAAGCCCAUGGACAUGACAAUCAUGGACCACCAGACCACGCCAAAGCCCAUGGACAUGACAAGCAUGGAAAUGACCACGACCAUGAACAUGACCAUGAACAUGACCAUGACGCUCCUGAUCGUUGUACAGGCCUUGAGAUGGAUGCUGUUGCAGUCAACGAAGAUGGAGUCCCUUAUUUUUUCAAAGGCCACUAUCUGUUCAAGGGCUUCAGUGGCAAAGCUGAGAAUUCAAAUGAGUCUUUUGCUGAAAUGGAUGACGACCACCACUUGGGCCACGUAGAUGCUGCUUUCCGCUUGCACCACGAAGAUGGCCAUGACCACGAUCACAUGUUCUUCUUCUUGGAUGACAAGGUUUUCAGCUACUACAAACACAAGCUGGAGGACGGAUUCCCCAAGAACAUCUCUGAGGCCUUCCCUGGAAUCCCUGACCACCUGGAUGCCGCUGUACCUUGUCCCAAACCAGACUGUGAGGAGGACUCUGUCAUUUUCUUCAAGGAACAUGAGAUCUACCACUUCACCGUCAAAAACAAGUCUGUGGAAGAGCACCAUGAGUUCAAAACCAUGCCCAACUGCACAGCUGCUUUCCGUUUCAUGGAGCACUACUACUGCUUCCACGGAUUCAAGUUCUCCAGGUUUGACCCAAAGACUGGUGAGGUGCACGGCAAAUACCCCAAAGUGACAAGGGACUACUUCAUGAAAUGUGCCAACUACAGUGAGGACACUGAUGAGGUAGAGAGAGAGCGCUGCAGCCAUGUUCACCUUGAUGCUAUCACCUCUGACCAUGAUGGAAACAUGUUUGCUUUUAGAGGCCACCAUUACAUCCGCAGAGAUGAGGGCAAUGACACAUUGACAGUUGCUGACAUCGAGGAUGCCUUUAAGGAGGUGCACAGUGACGUGGAUGCUGUUUUUACCUAUGAGGAUCACCUUUACAUGAUCAAGGAUGACAAGCUGUUCGUUUACCAAAGUGGUGAUGACCACACCCUCCUGGAAGGUUACCCCAAGUCUGUGAAGGAGGAACUUGGCGUUGAUGGCCACAUUGAUGCUGCAUUUGUCUGCGAGGAUAACCACAUUGUUCACAUUAUCAAAGAUAAUCACAUCUAUGAUGUGGAGUUGAAGAACAGCCCUCGUGUUCCAGAGAAGGAGAAAACAAUGGCCCUCUUUCAGAAGGUCGAUGCUGCCAAGUGUGACAAGAACGGAAUUAGAGUGAUCGUAGGAAACCACUUCUACCGCUUUGACAGCACUGCAUUGCUCGUUGGUGCUAAGGCUCUGCCUGACCAGCACAGAGUGUCCAUGGAGCUGUUUGGCUGUGAUCACUAAAUGACGCCGCAACUACCACCACAACCAACAAUGUAAAGAAGUGUCUCAUAACAAGUCAGCACACCUGCCGCCAUGCAGUGUUUGACGUUGUGUCUCUUCAUACCUCAAACUGUUUCUCAUGUGUCUGUCUCAGUGAUCAUCACUGUAACUACUAGACAUUACAUAUUUUUCUGUGAUAUGAUUUGAAUGAAGUAAGUGAAUAAAGAGAAGCAACAAACAAC